CAUACCAUAAACAAAUCUCUCAUUUUCUACGUCAAACUCUCUUUCUUUUUCUUCACCACCCAACAAAUAAAACACCAUCUUUUUCUUUCUCUCUCUCUUUCUCUAUAAUGCUUCUUACUUCUUUGACUACUUCCCCUUCUCUUCUCCCCAAUUUUUUCUUUCCCAACCAAAUCAGGUUGCUCGUUUCUGCUUCUCUCUCAAUUACCACCUUUGCAGAUUUUUAAAUCCUUAAAUGUACUGUUUUCCUCUGUCUUGUCUUGUUCGGGACUCCCUUUUUACUAUUUUCUUAAUGGAUAAAAUUGUCUGUUAAUGCUCACGUUUGCUACAUUGGCACUAUGUUAAAGCAAAUUCUUAGCAAAUUGCCCAAGAAGGUGCCAAAAUCUGACACAUCAGAUUCGGCUCAGAGUGAUUCCGGGAGUGCUACUACUUUUGCAAAUGUCUUUCAGUGUUCGAAUGUUGGGGUUGCCAUUUCAAACAAAUUAAAUGCAGUGAAGCGGGUAUCAUCAGUGGUAUUUCCAGCAAGCUUGAGUGCUGGAGUGGAAGCAGUUGAUCCCCAUAUAUCUUUCAAAGAUGUUUCAAAUAUACAGAAGCAAAACCUGUUUAUCAGUAAGUUGAAUCUUUGCUGCACUGUUUAUGAUAAGAAUUGUACAGAGAAAGAUGUUAAACAUCAAACAUUAGUAGAGCUUGUUGAUUUUGUUUCUUCUGGAUCUGCAAAGUUCACAGAACCAUCAAUAGCUGCAAUGUGUAAAAUGUGUGCAAGUAAUUUGUUCAGGGUUUUCCCACCUAAGUUUCGUCCUAGUGCUACUGGUGGAGAAACAGAAGAUGAAGAGCUUAUGUUCGAUCCUUCCUGGUCUCACCUGAAAAUUGUUUAUGAUCUUCUCCUUCAAUUCAUAAAUUAUAACGCACUUGAUCUAAAGGUGGCAAAAUUGCAUAUUGAUAAUGCGUUCAUUGUUAGAUUGCUUGACCUUUUUGAUUCUGAGGACCCUAGAGAAAGAGAUUGCCUGAAAACAAUUCUGCAUAGAGUCUAUGGGAAAUUCAUGGUACACAGGCCUUUCAUACGGAAAUGUGUCAGCAAUAUCAUCUACCGAUUUGUUUUCGAGACUGAACGUCAUAAUGGAAUUGCUGAGUUGCUGGAGAUUUUUGGGAGUGUAAUUUGUGGGUUUGCGUUGCCACUGAAGGAGGAGCACACAAUAUUUUUGUGUAGGGUUUUAAUGCCCUUACACAAACCUAAAUCUGUUGGUAGUUACCAUCAGCAAUUAACAUAUUGUGUUUUACAGUUCAUUGAUAAGGAUCCAACACUGGCUAGCACGGUGAUAACGGGGCUACUGAAGUACUGGCCAGUAACAAAUAGCCAAAAGGAGCUCAUGUUCAUAAGUGAGUUGGAAGAGGUUUUGGAUGCCACAAUCAUGACUGAAUUUCAGAAGGUUAUGGUCCCACUGUUCCGACGAAUAGCUUGCUGUCUCAAUAGCUAUCAUUACCAGGUGGCUGAACGAGCUCAUUUGCUAUGGAACAACGAACACAUCUUCGAUGUUGUCUCUCAAAACCGGGAGGUGAUUCUGCCUCUUGUGUUCACAGCACUUAUACAUAACACCCAAAAUCACUGGAACCGAGCAGUGCUCAACCAGACCGAGAACAUGAGGAAGAUGCUGUCUCAGAUGGACGAGGAACUGGUGCUUGCCUGCCAACUCAAGUUGGAGGAGGAAGAUUCAAGGUCAAGUGCCGCAGCUGAGCAGCGAAGAGUGACAUGGGAACGUCUUGAAGCUGCUGCCACUGCCAAUAUCCAACCUAUAGCUGUAGCAGGUGAUGUAGUAGCAUCUCCUGCAUGUUCGGUGGCAUGCUAGUUGACAGUGCGAGUGUGAAUGUUCAAAUUACUGAGCAACAUGGUUCUUGCGUUUUUCCAUGUUGUAAGAUGAAUUUGCAAUGGCAUUUAGGUUUGUAAAAAUCCUAGAUGUUUGCCUUAAAAAAUGUUUAGAACGUGUUGCUUGUGUUGUGGGAAUUGAAAGGGUAUUUGUUUGUGGUGUCGGUGCAGUCACGCAUGCAAUUAUUUGGUGUGUCAGCAGCAUCCACUUCUCACUACCCAAUGACCUGGCUGGCCCCCACUUUAGCACUUGUAUUGGUUGAGUGGUAUUGCACUGUACUGAGGAAUCGAUGUGGUGCCAUUGCUGAUAUUCCUUAACCAUACUCUAACACUAUGUAUGUAGAUGUCUAUGCAUAAUGCAGCCUUUUUCUACUGGAGAUAGCAAAUGUCUUCCA